CGUUGUUCAUUCACAAAACAACCGAAGAAUAGGAUAGCCAUGGCUCCCUACAUUUCCAUCCUCUCUUUCCUAGUGAUUCUAGCAUCCAUUCAAGCCAUUUGUGCGGUUGACUAUACCGUCACAAAUACUGCUGGAAAUACUCCUGGUGGGAUUCGUUUCGAUAAGGAAAUUGGAUCUGAAUACAGUAGACAAACAUUGGUUUCUGCUACAAAUUUUAUAUUUGGGAUAUUCCAGCAGAACAAUAUAGCAGACAGAAAGAACGUCCAAAAAGUGAGUUUGUUUAUCGACGACAGGGAUGGAGUCGCAUAUACUAGCAACAACGAGAUCCACGUUAGUGCGAGAUACAUCAAUGGCUAUUCAGGCAAUGUGAAAAAUGAAAUCACUGGAGUACUUUACCACGAAAUGACUCAUGUAUGGCAAUGGAAUGGUAACAGGCAGGCUCCGGGAGGAUUGAUCGAAGGAAUUGCUGAUUUUGUGAGGUUGAAGGCAGGGUACGUGCCAGGCCAUUGGGUGCAGCCUGGACAAGGUGAUAAAUGGGACCAAGGUUACGAUGUUACGGCUAGGUUUUUGGACUAUUGCAACAGCCUUAAAAAUGGGUUUGUGGCUGAAUUGAAUAAGAAAAUGAGGACCGGUUAUAGUGCUAAUUAUUUUGUCGAUCUACUUGGCAAAUCUGUUGAUAUGCUUUGGAGUGACUACAAAGCCAAGUAUGGAAAUUAAAAGAAGGCAAUGUUUCAAGAUCAGUUUCUUAACAUGAAUAAAAUGUUGUGUACUGCCUCAUCAACAUAUAUAUAGUACGAUAUAAGAUAAAAAAAACUGUUUUAGCAGCUUAUUGCUUAA